UGUCGCGGAGGGCAGCGUUCUCGGGCGGUUUGGGGCCUGUCACGGGGAUUGCCACAGCAGCACCUGGGUCAGCCCAGUCGGCGGAGGAGAGGCGGCCGCAUCGGCACCAGGCCGCACCGGCGUCAGGCCUUUUCGCGGCACAGGGAUUGGCAACAACGACAGGGCCUUGGCCCUCCUGGUUUGUGGGGACCUCAGCUGGUUGGGUGGUGGUUGUCGCGUGAACGGCCUGACCAGCAGUGGUGCUUUCUUCCUUUCUUCUUUCUUUGCUUCAAAGUUAUCCCUCCUUUCACGGUGUCCACGGGGCCCUUGGUGCCUGGGCAAUUAAGCUUGGUAGGCUGUUGGGGUGGGGUAUCCCUGCCUUGAGCAAGGGUAGCAGGGAGUCCUCCUGUUAGCCAGGGCUUGGCCCAGGAAAAAGGGGCUUGCUUUUUUCAGUUAGGCCACGUGGGCCUGGGAUACGAAAGUGGUAGCAGUAUGCCUAGGAAGGCUAAGGAAAAAAAAGGGGGGUGGCCUAUCCAGCAACCCAAGAGGCCUGCCCCUCCGCCCUCUUCCUCGGAUGAGGAAGAUGAGGAAAUGUCUCUGAUUCACGGGUUGAUUAGCAGGAUGGAAGCAUUGGAAAAGGCCAGGGCCAUGCCUUCUGAUAAAGGUGAUGGGCCCUCUGGUGGGGGUGGGGUGCCACCUCCCAAGGUUCCUCGGCGUACUAGGGGGUCUGUUAAGAGCCAGUUGUUAACAUCUCUCUCUAGCAGGUUGGAGGCCCUGGAAAAAGGCGGGACCCCUGCUGGCCCAGUUCCUCCUCUGGAACCCGAAGUUCCAGCUACGCCAAGCAGACAGGCACCAGGACAGCCCACUCCCGCAUUGCCGCUUCCUCUGCCUGGGGAUCGAGUUUCGGCGUUGCCCCUGCCUUCACCAUCUCAGCCCGCUACACCUAUGGAUCAGCCGCCUGCAGACCCGUCCCUGCCAAUGGCCCCGGGUAAACAGGUUCAGAGAGUUAGCCCUCGAGGCCGCGUUGCACCCGGAUCCUAUGCCUGCCUUUCUGUGGCAGCUUGGCAGGUCGAAGCACAGCAGGCCAUAGCAGCAUCCUUGGCGCCCAGCACUAGAGCAAGCUACACAACUAAGCUUGAGGCUUUUUCCCUGUUUCGAAGGGCUGCAGGUUUGGAUGAGGUUUGGCCUGUGCCCGUAGGUCACCUACAACAGUUCUUGGUCACGUUGCAUAGGGCUGGGUGUGCUGUAUCCACCUUGGGGGGCUAUUUGGCUGCUUUGGCCUUCGAAGCCCAGACUAAAGGGGUUGCCGACUAUUCAUCUGACCCCUGCAUGAGGCGUAUGCUUGAGGGCUGGGCCAGGGGGGAUACUGGUUCGGGUGAUUCCAGACGCCCUUUUACACUGGAUAUGGUGGCUGCCGUGCUUGGCCACUUGGCUGAGUGCUGUGCUGACCCCUGGGAAGUCUCCCUGUUUCAAGCAGCAGUAUCGGUUGCCUUCUUCAGCGCAUUCCGGCCUGGGGAGCUGUUGCCACACAGUCGGGGUUCUCCCAGAGACCGCUGCUUACAAUUUGCCAAUCUGUCAAUCUGUGAAGGGGAAGCCCAGUUAUUCCUCCGCCGCUCCAAGACGGAUCAGCAGGGCAAGGGUCAGCUUGUGCGCUUGGCAGCGGCCAUGGACCCAUUUCUUUGUCCGGUAGCUGCCGUGCGGCAUUAUGUGGGACUGGGGCCUGCCUCUGGGGGGUGUUUGUUUGUUCACGCAGACCAGUCUCCGCUUACCCAGUACCAAUUUUUAGCAGUGAUAAAGAAGGCCCUUGGGGCCGCCAGAAUCCCUUUGAUGGGACUUACUUUACAUUCUUUUCGUAUUGGGGCAGCUACUACUGCCACCCGAAUGAGCCUACAAGAGGCCGAAGUGCGGAAGAUAGGGCGGUGGAAGUCCGUGGCGGUCAGGCGAUAUGUGCGCUGACAGCGGUUUCUACUAGCCACUAUUGAAUUGUUGUUUUCUCUUGGCAGGUGCUGGCGGGGUAGCGGCUCCUGUCUGGGUUCUGAUGUGUGGCCAUUCGCUGGUCUUCUGGGCCUUCAAGCGGGCCAGCACCUCCCACUGGGGCUCGCAGUUGGGGUUUGGUCAACGAGCAUCAGUGUAUUGGUUGGGUAUGCGGGGUAUGCUUUGGAACCAGCUGCUUCCCGCUGUUAGGGGACAUUUAGCUAGCUUCCCUGUGCCCCAAGUUAUAGUUUUGCAUUUGGGUGAGAACGAUUUGGGCCAGCAAACUGGCCUGGCUAUCGUUCAGCAAGCCUCCUCAGAUUUGGCUGUUUGGCGCAAAUGGAUGCCGGGGGUGUACAUUCUUUGGGUUAAUUGGUUAAUUGGCUCUAACGUAGAGUUUGGCGGGGCGCCCAUUCUGGGUUGGCCCUGGAAAAGGCACGGCGAAAAGCCUCAGCCGCAAUUGGUAAGAUGGUGGUGUCGGCCCGAGGGGGCAUUGUGCAGCAGCCUGACUUGGCCGCUCGCUUCCCCGAGCUAUACCGCCCUGAUGGCGUGCAUUUUUCUGAGUAUGGCUGUGAUUUGUAUUUACAAAACAUCCAGCGGGGGCUUGCUGAACUUUUAGGCAGGUGUGGGGCAGGGAGGUCAACCGAUGGCUAACCUCCCUGUGUGGCAGUAACAGUGCGGGCUGAGGGGUAAGUGUGGUAUAGAAUAUCGGUGAGCACCCUUGGAUAUUUAAAGGUUGAUUGGUCAAUCAUUCCUUUGUGGCCUGUGCAGCAUGGGGAGAAAUUGAUUGCCAUGAAACCUGCUUCAGGGCUUCUCCAACCUUUGGGCUGUGCGGUCCGGGGGGUGAAGACCUGGAGCUGUCCAGAUCCCCUCUUCUAAAGGGGGUGGUUGGCUUUGAAGGAAUUGGGUGGGAUGUACCUGCCUCUUUUCUGAGCCAGGGUGUGUCGCCCAGUUUGGUGAUGGGCAGGAUGUCUGAAUCCUAGCCCAUGCCUAGGGGCCCGCACUGUUUUCUGACGGUGAUUAAUC